AUGGAUGAGAAGCCAAAAGAUGACAACAGAGAGUUUGAAUUGGAUAUAAACGGAAGAGUCAAAGGACUGAAGCAAAAAAUGGAGAAUGGGAUCUUGAGUCCUGAGCUGCUGCCACUGAGGAAAGAAGAACUGGAGACACCAAAGGUGCUAUCAACCAGGAGAAAAGAUACUGACUGGAUUAAGAAAGAUCAACCCAAGGAAGAGAGAGUAACAAAGGUAAAAGACUGGAGGAAAGAAUUGAGACCCGUGAAAAAGGACGCCUGGCAGGCGGAGAGGGAAAGAAAGGAAAGAGAGGCAAAAUCUCCAGAAAGGCGAGAAGUCGACAGGGUAAGAAAGGAAAGAGAGGCAAAAUCGCCUGAUAGGAAAAGUCCAGCAAGGAAGAUGGACUGGAUAAAGGAGCUGAAAACAGUGAUCAAAGAUGAAUCCCUGACCAGAAUGAAAAAGAAGAACGAGCAGGUGAAGAAAAAACGAGUGGUGCUGUUAGAGGAUGGCCAGUCCUACAGCCCCCAGCAGGAGGUGAAGACCGAGGAGAAGUGUGAGGAUGUACAACUGAUGUCCCGCAAGAUGAUGGAGAGCCUUCCACCUCCUCUGCGCAGGAACUGCGUAACACCACCAGACCAGGACUACGUGAUCUCCCUUUAUGUUAAGGCGGGAACUGACGGGGAAAGCAUUGGUAAUUGUCCAUUCUCCCAGAGACUCUUUAUGAUCCUGUGGCUAAAAGGAGUCAUCUUCAACGUCACCACUGUUGACCUCAAACGGAAGCCGGCUGACCUGCAGGACCUUGCUCCGGGAACCAACCCUCCUUUUGUGACCUUUAAUGGCGAGGUCAAGGUCGAUGUAAACAUGAUAGAGGAGUUCCUGGAGGAGAACCUGACCCCACCACGAUACCCCAAACUGGCUCCCACACAUCCAGAGGCCAACACAGCUGGCAUCGAUGUGUUUGCCAAGUUCUCAGCUUACAUCAAAAACCCACGGAAAGAUGUCAACGAGGGUUUAGAGAAAGCCUUGUUAAAGUCUCUAAAGCGACUCGAUGAAUUCCUGAGGACUCCCCUGUCAGAAGAGAUUGACGCUAACGCCUCAGGAGAUGUGCCCGAGUCCACCAGGAGCUUCCUGGAUGGGAAUGAGCUCACCCUGGCUGACUGCAACCUGCUGCCUAAACUACACAUCUUGAAGAUUGUAGCCAAGAAAUACCGUGGCUUUGAGAUCCCAGUCGAGAUGACGGGGGUGUGGAGGUACUUAAACGGCGCCUAUGAGAGGGAGGAGUUCAUCAGAACCUGUCCGGCUGAAAAGGAGAUUCAGUUUGCCUACCUGGAUGUUGCAAAACGAAUCAAAUAGUAGGAAUAGUUGGGACUGAGAGAAAGAGAAGAGGAAUGAUGCUGAAGUAAACCGUGGAGGGAUUUAUCAUUCACUCCAGAGGCUGAUUCCAUCUAUCAUUCUUUUUUAAGUUCAAUAUCUCUGACUGCAUCAGCUUUGAAGUAUAACUCUGAUUAUGUGUGUACAUGAGUCUGCUCCUGUUGGUUGGUUCUGCAUCGUCAUAACUUUAUCAUUGUGUUUUUACAAAUAAUGAUUAGCGUCUAUUAGAAGUCUUGCAGAAAUACUUUCAGAUUUUCUUUUCACUUUUAAAAUGCCGGCAGGGCCAAGUUCACUGCAGAGACUAAGUGAAAAGAACAAUCAGUAUUUGUGUAUUAUUUGUGUAUUAGAAACCAUUUAGUCUUUAAUUUGGCCCUGCCACUGACGCAUAAAAAUCAGAAACUUUUUACACUCGAUCUGCAACACAGUCAUUUUAAAUCAUGUGAACAGGUCAAUUUUGAAUAAAAGGAA